UGUGACCUCACCCUCUUCAGCCCCCCUCCUCAGUGCCAGCUAUGAGUUCCUGCAACUUCACACAUGCCACCUUUGUGCUUAUUGGUGUCCCAGGCCUAGAGGAAGCCCACUUCUGGUUCGGCUUCCCCCUGCUGUCAAUGUAUGCUGUGGCACUGUUUGGAAACUGCAUCGUAGUCUUCAUCGUCAAGACGGAGCGCAGCCUGCAUGCACCUAUGUAUCUCUUUCUCUGCAUGCUGGCAGCCAUUGACCUGGCCUUAUCCACAUCCACCAUGCCCAAGAUCCUUGCCCUCUUCUGGUUUGACUCCCGAGAGAUCACUUUUGAUGCCUGCCUUGCCCAGAUGUUUUUUAUUCAUGCUCUUUCAGCCAUCGAAUCCACCGUCCUGCUGGCCAUGGCCUUUGACCGUUAUGUGGCCAUCUGCCACCCACUGCGCCAUGCCGCAGUCCUCAACAAUACAGUGACAGCCCAGAUUUGCAUUGUAGCUGUGGUCCGUGGCUCCCUCUUCUUUUUUCCACUUCCACUACUCAUCAAGCGGUUGGCUUUCUGCCACUCCAAUGUGCUCUCACACUCCUAUUGUGUGCACCAGGAUGUGAUGAAGUUGGCUUACACUGACACGUUGCCCAAUGUAGUCUACGGUCUUACUGCCAUUCUGCUGGUCAUGGGUGUGGAUGUCAUGUUCAUCUCCUUGUCCUAUUUCCUGAUUAUACGAACAGUUCUGCAACUGCCUUCCAAGUCCGAGCGAGCGAAGGCCUUUGGGACCUGUGUGUCACACAUCAGUGUGGUCCUGGCCUUCUAUGUGCCACUCAUUGGCCUCUCAGUGGUACACCGCUUCGGAAACAGCCUUGAUCCCAUUGUACAUGUUCUCAUGGGGGAUGUCUACCUACUGCUGCCUCCUGUCAUCAAUCCCAUCAUCUAUGGUGCCAAGACCAAACAGAUCAGAACACGGGUGCUGGCUAUGUUCAAGAUCAGCUGUGACAAGGACAUCCAAACUGUGUGA